AUGAGCUUAAGUUGUGAAAGUUGGUCCAAUAAAAUUGAUUGGGAUCGUUUUUGUUCCCUCGAUGUGAAUUUGGCGGCGCAUCUGUUAUGGAACCGUCUUAUAACGUAUUUUAAGGUAACUCCUUGGUAUCAAAUCGUCAAGGACUAUCUUUUCCUAAUUUUAUGUUACAAGAUCGUUUCGGACCUCAUAUUUAAUGUGAAAUGUUAUGGUCCUAUGGGCUACGUGAAGAGGUUAGUUCAUUUGUGGAUUAAGAAGACGAUCAAUUGGCUACUUAAAUCUCCUUUACUUCGAGAAAAAGUUGAGAAACAGGUAAACGAUGCCCUAGUUUCAAUUGAAAACGAUUUAAUUAAAACAGAUCCACGACUUCCUGAUUAUGUUUCCUUACCAGAGAAAGGUGUAUCUCAAGAUAUGGUUCUAGAGCAAUUGGAUCAAUUGCAGACGGCUCUUCCACAUACAAAAUGGGAAGAUGGUAAAGUUUCUGGUGCGGUAUAUCACGGUGGAUCAAAGUUGAUCAAUUUACAAAGUCAAGCAUUCGAAAAAUAUUGUGUUGCAAAUCAAUUACAUCCUGACGUUUUCCCUGCUGUACGUAAAAUGGAGUCAGAGGUAGUUUCCAUGAUUCUUAAAAUGUUCAAUGCUCCCGAAGGAGCAUGUGGGACAACUACAUCUGGUGGUACCGAAUCUUUGUUAUUGGCUUCUCUCAGUGCUAAAAUGUAUGGUCUAAGGCAUAAGGGAAUUAAGAAUCCUGAGAUGAUUGCACCAAUUACUGCCCAUGCAGGUUUUGAUAAAGCUUCAUAUUAUUUCGGAAUUAAAAUGCAUCAUGUACCUUUGAAUCCAAUCACUUUCAAAGUCGAUUUGAAACGUGUAGAGAAGUUUAUCAAUAAGAAUACAGUAAUGUUAUGUGGAUCUGUGCCAAAUUUUCCACACGGCAUCGAUGAUGAUAUUGUUGGUUUAGGUAAGAUUGCACAAAAGCAUAACAUCCCAUUACACGUUGACUGUUGUCUUGGAUCUUUCGUAGUUGCAUUUGCAGAAAAGGCUGGUUUCACUGAUAUGCCUGUUUUUGAUUUUAGAGUCCCCGGUGUCACAUCCAUUUCAUGUGACACUCACAAGUAUGGUUUUGCACCAAAGGGCUCUUCUGUACUGAUGUAUCGUAACGAGGUUUUAAGAUCGGAACAAUAUUAUAUCAAUCCAGACUGGGUUGGCGGUUUAUAUGGCUCAUCCACUCUAGCUGGUUCUAGACCCGGUGCUCUUGUUGUUGGGUGUUGGGCUACCAUGAUUAAUAUUGGUGAAGAUGGUUAUAUGAAGUCGUGCAGGGAUUUGAUUAAUGCGGCAAGAAAAUUAAAGAACUUCAUUGAAACCCAUCUGUCACCUACAUUGAGAAUCAUCGGAGAUCCAAAAUUUUCAGUCGUUGCAUUCACGUCCGAUGUCAUUGACGUCUACGAAUUAUCCGACAGAUUAGCUAAGAACGGAUGGCACUUGAGCACGCUUCAGAAACCUGCAGCCUUACAUUUGGCAGUAACAAGACUGAGUAUCGAUGCCAUCGAUGAACUAUGUGAAUUGUUGUCAAGAUCGGUAAAUGAUUUAUUGAAAGAUCCCAAUGCUAGGCCAUCAUCUACGGGGACCAGUGCAGUGUAUGGUGUCGCGGGCAGCGUAAAGACUACCGGAGUUGCCGACAGACUCAUUGUGGGCUUCCUAGACUCUCUAUACAAGCUGAAACCACGUCCCAACAAGAAUUGA